ACCUUCACGCUUAUCCCUCGCCCCCUCCCCCGCCACCCCCCACUAACGCCCCGCGCAUCCGGAGCCGCCGAAUCUGGGUCCCGGUGGAGGCGGAGGCGGCGCCAUGGCGGAGCGGACGGCUCUGGAGAGUCUCAUCGAGAUGGGCUUCCCGCGGGGGCGCGCGGAGAAGGCUUUGGCCCUGACCGGGAACCAGGGCAUCGAGUCUGCCAUGGACUGGUUGAUGGAACAUGAAGAUGACCUGGAUGUGGAUGAGCCCCCAGCUUCCCCCCUGGGACACUCCUUGGGGCAUGAGCCCCCUUCCUAUGGGGGAGGCAGCCCUGAAGGGCCUGGGGCUGUGCAGGUGGAGGAGAAGCCACCUCUGACUGAAGAGGAGAAGCGGGAACAGACCAAGAGGAUGCUGGAGCUGGUGGCCCAGAAGCAGAAGGAGCGAGGAGAAAGGGAGCAGCGAGAAGCAGUGGAGCGAGAGAGGCAGAGGAGGCGGCAGGGCCAGGAACUGUCGGCUGCACGCCAGCGCCUCCAGGAGGAUGAGAUGCGUAGGGCAGCUGAGGAGCGGAGGAGGGAGAAGGCUGAAGAGACAGCAGCCAGACAGCGGGUCCGAGAGAAGAUUGAAAGGGAUAAAGUUGAGAGAGCCAAGAAGUUUGGUGGCACUGGAUCACAGAUGACCUCCCCUGCAACUGAGCCAGGCCCUGUUCCUUCCUCUCCCAGUCAGGAGCCUCCCACCAAGCGAGAAUAUGAUCAGUGUCGAAUACAGGUUCGACUGCCUGAUGGGACGUCCUUGACACAGACAUUCAAGGCCCGAGAGCAGUUGGCUGCAGUGAGACUCUAUGUGGAGCUUCAUCGAGGGGAGGAACUAGGGGGUGGGCAGGACCCUGUACAGCUGCUCAGUGGCUUCCCCCGGCGGGCCUUUUCUGAAGCUGAUAUGGAGAGACCACUGCAGGAGCUGGGACUCGUGCCUUCUGCUGUCCUCAUUGUAGCCAAGAAGUGUGCCAGCUGAAGGGGUCUCCAGCCUCCUCUCCUUCCCCCCCCUCCAAACCCUCCUCUGACAGAGCACUGACACCCCUCCCUAAUAAACACAUCCUGAGUCAUGUA